GUGCAUUAGCAUUAGCAUGUUCAUUAGCAUGGGCAUUAGCAUGUGCAUUAGCAUGGGGAGUCCCGCUUGCGAUCCCCACCAUGGGGGAGUUGCUAUUGCUGUUGCUGUUGCUAUCAAUGUCAUUGCCAUUGAUGCCAUUGGCACUGCUAUUGAUGCUAUUGCUACUGAUGACAUUCCCACAGAUGACAUCAGAGCCCGCCAGCUCCCGCAUCUUCUUGGCCUUCCAGAGGGCCACCUCCCGGCGGUACCGCUGCAUGUCCAGGGAGGCGUAGUGAUCGAAGAGGGCCCGCUGGUUGGUCCCGAUGGUCUUCCAGCGAUCGGCGAUCCUCCGGGCCAGGUCCCCGAAGCUGAUCUGCCCGUGGGACUUGCGGCUCUGCUUGGGCAUGGUCGAGUUGACCACGAUGUGCUCGAUGGAGAGGACGGUUUCGGCCACGGUUCCCUCCUCCGGGAGGCCGCGGACGAUGCGGGACCGGGUGUGCUUGAAGAAGAUGUUGUAGGCGCUCAGGGGGCGCUUGGGCUUGUCCUUGGGUUUCUUCCAGGUGCGGCGUUUUUGUUUUGGUUUCUCUUUUGGCGUUUGCUUUGCUUUUGCUUUUGCUUGUGCUUUUGCUUUUGAGUUUGGAUUCUGCUUGGGGGCUUCCUCCGGAGGUUUUGCUGCGUUCUGCGCCUGUGCCUCUGAUUGUUUUGGCUUCGGUGCCUGUUUCUGCUUCUGCUUCUCCUUCUGCUUCUCUAGCGCGGAGGCCUGCUCCGGUUGUGCCGAAACGGGCUCGGAAGGCUCGGUGGGUCCGCCAACGGGAGAAACAGGAACAGGGACAGGUACAGAUGCGUAUUCGGUGCUCUUGGAGGAAGCUUCGGGGGCCUGGGAAGCCGCUUCUUCGUGGUCCAUGGGGAUGGCAGUCAUGAUCGUAUCCUAUCGUAUCGAGUCGAUUCGAUUCGUGUGUCUUGGUAGUCGCGCUCGGAAGAAAGGGAAGCGUCUUGCUUGGUCUUUUUUCGAGGUUGAUAGUCUUGAGGGUAGUCUUGAGGGUACGGUAGUCGUGAGGGUACGGUAGUCGUGAGGGUAGUACUAUUCGAUUCGGUUCGGYUCGGCUCGGUUCUAUGCUGCACGUUUCUAUUGAGAAUGGAUGCAAGGAACGCGAUGCAAUGCAAUGCGACGAAAUGAAAUGCAACGGAGCGGUGUGGUGUUAGUUGGCAAACGGCAAGAAUGUGUCAGCGGUUCCGUUCGUUCGGGGCCUUUUCAAAAGUAGGCGUUCGGAAAUAGUGAAAGAGAAACAACAAUGCUGUGCUUGUUUUGUUUUCGUAAAAAGAGAGAGAGAGAGAGAUGCCGUCCAUCAACAAAUCAACAAAUUAGCACUUACUCUGUUUUUUCAGAGCAACCGAAAACAAUUUAAUGGAAUCCUCGACGGCAAAUAUAAAAAUACAAUCAGU